AUGACCACAAAAAUUGCAACAGUAGCCAACUUGGCUUUUCAUGCAUUUCAACAGCAUUCAGUACGUGUUGCACUGGGUACAGCAUCGACAACUCUUAGCAAUGGAGUGAAUGAUUGUCACCCCUAUACAAAUGGUAACUCUCCUGUCUACAUGUCGGAUAGGUCUGUUUCUCCGAUUCCAACAAUUAAACACAAACAACUGCCGGAAUCGUUAAAUCGUCUGUUAUCAUCUCUACAGUCGCUUACUCCUAGUGAUGUUGGCUUCGAUGUUCGAUGGAUUUCUAACUCGAAUAUAUCUGCCGCUCCAGUUGCUUACGUACACAUUAUGGAGAAUGAAGUAUUUUCUAUGGGUAUUUUCAUUUUGCGGCCUGGAUCACGCAUACCUUUACAUGAUCAUCCAGGCAUGUUUGGUGUUCUGAAGGUUUUAAUUGGUUCUGUACGAUGUCGUAGUUUUACUCGGUUGAAAAAUGUCAAGUCAACUGAUCUAGAAAACUAUGAACCAUCGUUAUCAGUUUUUGGUGGUUCAAAAUGGCAGUUAACUGAUUUAAUCAUUGCUCGCCCACAUCAAGACACGGUGUUAUCACCUGAUCAUUCACCUAGCCUACUUUCUCCUGUUGAAGGUAAUCUGCAUGAGAUCACUCCAGUUGAUGGUCCUGCAGUAUUUCUAGACAUAUUAGCUCCUCCAUAUGAUCAUGAUCUGGGGACUAGAGAAUGUCGAUUUUACAAAGAAGUAAUCAUUCCACAAAUGAAUCCCAACUCUGUAUCAUCACAGAGUAACAGUAAUGUGCAUAAUAAUAACACAGAUACCUCUGAUUCGGGUCAAGAUAUUAAUUGCUCAAAUCAGUCAGAAAAAGAAUCAUUCAAAUCAUCAGUUGUCUACUUAAUCGAAACUAAUCAACCAUUGGAUUAUUGGUGUGAAUCUGCUGAGUACAAUGGGCCAAGUGUAAUUUAA